AUGCCAGAAUUAUGUUUCAAUUACUCCAUAAGAGGGUUUAAACUAGUUAAGGAUAAGAAAGAAUUUAUAAUACAGUUAAUGGAAAGUUAUCAUAUCAUUUGCAAGAUUGAAAGUGAAAACUGUGAUCAAAACGACGGGACUAACAAAAGCAAUCAAUGGUCUAACUGGCAAGAAAGAUAUAAUCUGGUGUUUGCUGUGUAUCAACCGCAACAAGUUGAAGAUGAAUAUAAGACGCCAGUAAUAUCCAGCAGUCAUGAUCUUUACCAGGAAGAAAAUUCAUCGCAAAUUAGUGACGGUAAAUUAUAUUGCCUAGCCUACAAUGUCGAUUCAGUCAAUACAGUAUCUAGCUAA